CGUACCGACGCCAUAUGUAUGCAUACGAGACACCGAGACACCUUCACAAAUAGGUACACGUACUCAAAAAACACUCCACACUCCACACUCCCUUCGAUAUAUACCACACAUUGUCUAAAUAGUGUGCAAAUAAGCAAUACGUGAACUAAUCAUUCGAAUGACAUAUCGAACGACACCCGUGCUGCCCUAUCUAGCUGACGGCUGACUGCACAGUGUGUUGGCUGUUGUCCCGGAUCAGAGGCAGGAGCAUUUCGCUCACCAGCCCCACCUCCCUCUGCUUGGAAUUGAUGAUCAUGGUGGCAUUGGGCAGCACCUUCCGGAAAAACAGCGGAUGGCGGCUCCUGAUCAGCUCCUUCAGCUUGCCAAGCUUGAGCUGACUGAAGCAGAGGGGGCCCCACUUGCUGCAUUGAUAAGCAGUGCCCAAGCCGCAGAAGUCUUUCUUGUUCUUCCAGCAGAGAGCGGUGUCGCAGAAGAGCUCUUCGAUGUGGGGCUCCCUCUGCUGGCUCCAGUCACCCAGACCACCGUUGACCUGCGAGAAUGACAGCAUUACACACGCACCAUGUGUGUGUCGUCACACGGACAUCCCUCUCAUUACCUGCUUCCAGACAGCCUUGUUGCCCAGCGUGCGUCUCAGCACAUGGUGGGGGAACCACUCAUCUGAGGCAGAUUUCAGCGGCCUGUACCAAUUGGGCAGCUCGCCGUGGGGGUAGUUCACGCCUUGGGCGGCAGUAAGGACGGCGUGAUAACGAUUGUACGUCCGCCACUGCAUGUGCUUACGAUCUGUGGCCACACACGUACAUUACAUGUGCACUUUCACAUUCGUCAAUCAAUCUGUAGGCAGCUCUCCGUUCGAUUCUGUUCUUACCGUAUCCCUCAUUGCUCUCUGCGUCUUGACACGAGGGGUCUCGUGCAAUAGAAUCGACCACAUCCGCUUCUCUCCGGUCCGGUCCCGACUGCUUGAAGUGAUCUCGAUAGCUGCACGCACAGAACACAUCAAGAAUCAUUCGGCUACCUCCCGCAUCCCCAUGACUGUAUGCGGCUGCCUGCCCUACCAUAUUCUACUUGUCGGCAGGCCGCCCAUGUCAUCGCUUCUCGUCUCGAAGAGCACGUCGUAGACGACAUCCGGGUGUGACACGGGGACGUGAGUGACACUCAGGAGCACCAUCAUCUGGUUGCACGGGUCGCGAAGGGCGGCCCGCCACAGGGCGUUCUCACCCAGGAUGAAGCUGCCGUAGCUCGUGUCGACGGGCUCGAUGAGCGAGGCAUUGAACAGGGGAUGAAGGGCCGCAGUGGCGUUGUCGUGCCGGUGCAAAUAGACAGUGAACUUGCGCCUGUCGCUGGCCAGGCCAAGCCAGUCCGCCCACAGCUGACCGAACGGCACCUUGUCUUUCGCAAGGAACAGCAACGCGACGCUCGGCGGCCCGCGGCACUCCCCACACCCCUCUAAGGCAAAUCGCUCACUCGACGGCUUGACGCAGUAGAACUGCUCUGUCGACGAUGCGUUGGGCUGCCCGAGGGUGGUCUUCUCCAGCGGCACCAGAUGCCUCUCCUUGAAGGCCGAGAGGAAGCCGUCCAGGUCGUCGCACAUAAGCGACCCGCGAGUGGCCUCGCGCACCGAGUGAAAGAGGGAGAGGGAGGCGAGCCGCAGGCCGGAUGAGCCCCAUCCGACGGCAAGGAGGCUCCGAAAACCGUAGACAAACGCAGCAGCGACAGUCCACACGAACAUCCACUUGCGAACUCGCCGGCGCCCAUCCGCAUGAUGUCGUUUUUUGGGGCUGGGGCUUCCCAUCCUUUGCUGUGGCAGACAAAGAGCCUUCAUGGACAGCAGUUUGUCC